CCUGGGCUACUGGGUGCUGGGUGCCCUCCCCUGGCUGGCACCAUGCAGCUCUCUCUAGCCCUGUGCCUUGUCUGCCUGUUGGUGCACACAGCCUUCCAUGUGGUGGAGGGCCAGAGCUGGCAGGCCUUCAAGAACGACGCCACAGAAAUCAUCCCUGAGCUUGGAGAGUACCCUGAGCCCCCUCCAGAGCUGGAGAACAACAAGACCAUGAACCGGGCUGAGAAUGGAGGAAGGCCUCCCCACCACCCCUUCGAGACGAAAGACAUGUCGGAGUACAGCUGCCGCGAGCUGCAUUUCACCCGCUACGUGACAGACGGGCCGUGCCGCAGCGCCAAGCCGGUCACCGAGCUGGUGUGCUCUGGCCAGUGCGGCCCUGCGCGCCUGCUGCCCAACGCCAUCGGCCGUGGCAAGUGGUGGCGUCCGAGCGGGCCCGACUUCCGCUGCAUCCCAGACCGCUAUCGCGCGCAGCGCGUGCAGCUGUUAUGUCCCGGCGGCGCGGCGCCCCGCGCGCGCAAGGUGCGCCUCGUGUCCUCGUGCAAGUGCAAACGUCUCACCCGCUUCCACAACCAAUCCGAGCUCAAGGACUUCGGGCCCGAGGCUGCGCGGCCGCAGAAAGGCCGAAAGCAGAGGCCCGGCGCCCGGGGCGCCAAAGCCAACCAAGCGGAGCUGGAGAACGCCUAUUAGAGCCCAUGGCGCCUCCCCAGCGGGCAUCGGGACCCCGGGGCCCCCAAGUUUCUGUCCCCUGCGCGUGGUUUGAUUGUUUGUAUUUCGUUUUAAAUGCCUGCAACCCAGAGUAGGGGGCUGAAACCUUCCAAGCCCUGGGGAAUCCCAGGAACCAGGAAAGCCUUCCUCGUCCCACCAGCUAAGGAGGGGUCCGGUAGGGCAGGGGAGGGAGUUGAGAGUCACAGACACUGAGCCACUCAGCCCCGCCCGCCGGGGCCGCUACCUUUGCUGGUCCCACUUCAGAGAAGGCAGAAAGGGAGCAUUUUCACGGCCUUGCGCUAUUAUGGGAGCAGUGGGAAGUGUGAAAGUCGGGGACUGGUUAAGAAAGUUCCAUGAUUCCUUCUCCAUCUACUCAUGGUCAAGCCUCUGUCGUGCCAAGAACACAGGAGGCGUCCUUAGAUACGGUUUCUAGUCCUGGCUCUGCCACUAACUUGCCAUGACUUUGGACUGCAGGAUUGUCUUUCGGGACCUUUAGUUCCUUUUCAGAAAAUGGGAGUGGGGCGGAGUCUCCAGGAUUCUACUGUCAUGAUUCCGAGGAUGCAGUGCCUUUUGAAUGGGC